AUGUCACAACGGGGAACGACAAUGAAGCGACAGCGCAUCGCUCAAGCAUGUCAUCAAUGUCGGAAGCGCAAGUCAAAAUGCGGGGGAGAGUAUCCCGCCUGUCUGGUCUGUCUAUCAGGCAACCGAACCUGCACCUAUGAUGAAAGCGGCUUUCGUAAACGUGGGCUGCAGUCUGGCUAUGUACGGGGCUUAGAAGCGCUGCUUGGCCUGUCGCUCCAAGAUCAGGCAGGACAUGAACGCAGAAUGCGAGAACUGCUAAGAAGCCCAAGCUCACGUGGCAGGUUGAAUGCAGGAGGAAUCACCGAAUGUGCCGAUGUUUGGCGACAUUCCAUGCUUGCCAGAGAACUUGAACAGAUCAUUUCCCACUCCGAAGACUCUUUUGGUAGUGCAUCCGGCGUACUUUCACCGCUCAGUGAUCCUGAGGACAUCUGCGAACGACCCAUCAGUGGCAUCGCGGAUAAUGAUGAGGACGAUGAAGAUGAUAUUGGUCCAGAUUGUGAACCAUCAUGUGAAAACCUGCAGAAAGGAGGAGCGUCCUCUCCAGGACCGAUGGUUUUGACCCAAUUGCAGCUCCCAGAACAAGCACCAGAAUUAGUAGACUUCUACUUCUCACAUAUCCAUUGUUGGCUGCCUAUGCUCGAGCGGAGGGAUAUACUUCGAGUGUUACACUCGGAAAAAGAUGUCGAAAAUAGUGAUCCGUGUCUCAAAUGUUGCCUUUGGGCAGUCAUCAUGCUCACUCUCUCUCGAACAAAGUCGAUCCCGGAAGCCGAUCAAAUCUCUAAAAGGAUUCUUGUUGCACUAUACCUCCAUCUCAACAACCGCCUCCAGGAAUGGAGACUCGAAGAUGUCCAAGCGUUGCUUAUUAUUGUUCUAUUGAAAAUUGGUUUGGGUGAACACCAAGCCGCAUGGAUAUUGGUUGGUCAAGCUGCCCGAAUGUUGCUUGCUCAUGACCACCAACCCUCGCGGUAUAAUCACACGUUGCUCAGUUGCAUCCUCUUAGACAACUUUCUGUCCGCUCUUCUCAAUAAGAAGUCAUGCUUCCCUCCGGAUGCACCGCCCUUUCAACCAUUAGAUGAAAACUUGUUGGAAGAGUGGGAACCUUGGAAUCCACCAGGAGUAUGGGAGGGCAGAGAAUAUCCUGCCAAACGGAGCCCACUCAGAGCCGUGAGCGGAUUCAAUAUGAUGUCGCAAUUGAUGCACAAAAUUUCUCGUUUGAUUCAUGGGCAAGACGACGAUAUCGACUAUCAUGCAUUUUUAAAGGAGCUGCAAAUCUGGAAAGCAAAUCUACCUGCAUAUCAACAGAUGCACAGGAUACAGGGCUCGAGCCCUGUAGUCUUGAACCUGGAAUUGAUGUGGAGGUUUAUUGUGUGUUCUGUUGUCUUGAGGUUCAACAUGGAAGACCCGACUAUUGCACAGCUAGCCUUGCAAAAUGCACAUUCCAUAUUGGAUAUCGUCCAAGCAAAUAUCUGCGAUGAAAAUGGAUCAAUCCCCAUGCUUCUAGGCUACCUGAUACAAGCACAGAAUAGCAUCGAAACCGCCUUGGAACCGCAAACUCCGGAGUUCGAAGAUCUAGUCACGAAGCUACGAGGUCUCCAGUACGAUCUUCGAAGGCAAUGGGCGCCAACCGACGAAUCGGCGGUCCCAGCCAUCGUCCAUGAAGAUCGAUACCCUGAUGGGAUGGCCGAAGCUAGUAGACCUUCAGUUUCCGGGACAGACUUCGAGGGGGUUCAGCCACUCGCUGACCCUCGUCUUUCUGGUUUGAUUCAGGACAGAGACAGUAGUGGUGCGCCCUGGACGCAACGAGCAGAUCCAAUAACGAUAUCUCGGGGGCAGCACCAUCCAAGGAGAAUGAAUGGUCCACAAUGGUCCGUUGAAACUGACGAAAAUACUUUCUCGGAAAGACUAGACUUCUUGGGUGUUGCGCAAUCUACCCACAGCAAUGACUUUGACGCACUCCUGGAAGGCAUGUCGUCAUUUGUUCCACCAAAGAGGUCCACGUUAGAACCAGAUUUUGCCCAAAAUCUGGGAUUUGUGAACGAGGACUUAGACCCAGAAUUCCUCACAUUUAUGCAUCCGGAAGCCAUGCCAGAUCUUAGCUCACUCAGCGCCGAAGUUUUUGACACUAGUGGCCAUUUUGAACAGGGCGGGAGGCCAUCAAAUUCCUGGACGGGAUAA